AUACAUCAAACAUGAAGAGCAUAUAAAACCGAUAAACAUAACAAAUGCACGCGACACUUUAAGUCCCAUUUUCUGUCGGCCGGUCUUGCCGGAGUUCCAGCGAAAGAUGCAAAUUCUGACACUCACUUUAACUAUACUAAACUUCGGUAUUGGUAUAACAACCAUUGCAGCGAGGAGUACGUACGAUGGUAAACCCGGUUGCAAAACUCCUGGCGAAGUUGGUCAUCUCUACAGAAAUUUCUGGGAUCCAAUGCGUUAUUGGCGCUGUAUUGGUUUAAAUAUGGAACCCUUGCAGGAAAGUUGUUCCGAUGGUAGUGGCUUUCAACAAUCUUUGGGCCGUUGUGUUGCUUGGCGAGUUUGGAAAUGGGAGUUACCACACUAUCCACCAAGUUGUCCCGAUGGCGUCAUGUGUAUAUCAACUGAAUCGCUACCUACGCUAACGGGGGAAACCUCACCACAGCAAGUUUCGUUAUCAAAGCCAUUAGUAAUGUCGGAACCAUGGACACCAGCACGACCAUUGCCACAGAUCCAACCAUUUAUGCAGUAGCGGCUGUUGGUUGAUUCGCGUCCUUUGCAAAAGUCACCGACCUUAAUACAAAUCUUAUUAACCACAGCAUCGCCUGUGCUGAAGACGC